CUUUAUAUAAUAUCCGUGGUAGCAACCCAUAGAAUAAUAUUCUAUAAUUAGUGGUAAUAUAGAUAGAGAACAGUCCAGUCCGUAAAAGCGGGAAUUUUCCAACUUUUAGUACUUUUAUGGUCAACACUGUUAAAUAAAUACUAAUAUUCCUUGGGUUUUGUUUGAUAAAUUUAUUUUUGGAAAUUAAUUUUAAUUAUUAUAGAAUACAGAAUAGUAGUUUCUGACAUCUGGCUCUUAUCCUCUUAUCCAUCAAUUAAUCGCUAAUAAAAUAUUUUACCUGUAUUUUAUAAUUGUAACUUAAAUACUUGAUAUAAUUCAAUUUCGACCGAACAGUAAUAUUAUGCUUUCAUUAAACUGAACUUUCUUGUUAGUUGUUCCUUGUUUAUAAAGUACAAUAUUUAAUAUUAAUUUUAACUGCAACAAAAACACUACGAUAAAUAUUUUGUUAUUGAACACAAAAUAAUUUGUUAUUAUGGAUGAAUACAUUUAUGGAAUAUAAUUAAAUAUGAACUAUAAUAUUAUCAACAACAAAUUUAUUAUAAACUAAAAUUUUACAACCAUAUUCAAAAGAAACAUCGACCAUGGAUGAAUUGUGUGAUAAAAUGACUGUAAUUAAUCUUACACCUCAUAUUAUUGUUACAAAUUAUGAACAACUAGAAUUAUUGUUAGAAUCAAAACCUGAAAAAGUAUUUGAAUUUCUAAUAAAUAACGAAGAUUUCAAACGCACAUUGAAUAAAUGUGUAGAUAUUACAGUACUCAUACAUUUAAUGAAUAUAUUUUCUAAAAUUAAAUCAUUGGAAUUAAUUCAAAUAAAAUCUACUGUUUUAGAAAUGAUAUUCAAUUCAAAAUAUUUGGAACAUUUAAAUAAUUCUCUAAUUGAUAUUACUAAACUUAAAGAUUUAAUUAGCAGGGUUAAAUUACAAGAAUUUUUCAUUAAUUGUAAAACUAUAUUAGAACUUACUACAAAUUCAAAAUCCAAAACACUACUUAAUGGAAUAAUAAAAUAUAUGCAACACAUAUUAUUUGAAUCAAAUUCAAUAGAUAUUCAAGAAUUAUUGUUGAUAGAUGAUGACUUGAAGACUAAAAAUAUGUUGAAAAAUGUUGUACAUUAUGAUGUUAAAAGGUGGCCACAAUGUUAUAAAUCCCUAUCUAUUUACCCCGUAAUCAAAGAUAUUACUACAAAAAAAGUAAUUUUGAGUCCAAAUAUAAUUAAAGGAAGUUAUGAUAAUAUAGAGCAUUACAUUGAUGUACAAUUUCGUUUACUUCGUGAAGAUAUUUUAGCUCCAAUGAGAGAAGGUAUUCAGUCUUAUAGAAUAAUGAACAAAAUUGACCAAAAAUGUGUUACAAAAAUGCCAAAUAUGCGUGUUUAUUUUGGGGCAAAGAUAACAAAAAAGGAUAAGUUUAAAGAAACUUUUUUAGUUAAUUUUUUUACUAAAGAAGAUUGCUCAAUUAAUUCAAAAAGAUUUAUGUUUAAUUCACUAUUAGUAUUUAGUGAUGAUAAUUUUGAUUCUAUGUUUUUUGCUAUAAUUAUAAAAAUGAAUCGGAAAAUAUCAUUACCAAUAAAAACAAUAGUAAUUCAACCAUUGGGUAAUAAAAUAUCAAUUAAAUUAAAUUCUUCUUAUACAAUGGCAGAAUCUGAUGCAUAUUUUUUACCUUAUAUGUAUAGUAUGGAUGUUUUGAAGACAUUUAACCUUUAUAAUUUUCCUAUGAAAUCUUACAUUGUGUAUGGAAAAAGUAAAUCUAAAGUUCCAGCAUACUUAAAAUAUAAUUCACAAAUAUAUAAUAUUAAUGGUUCGCAGUUUGAUAUCUUAAAUGAUAAACUUUGGCCAGAUAACAAGGUUUUAGGACUUGACUGUGCUCAAAAAAAAGCAUUUAAAGCAGCAUUAACUGAAGAAUUUACUGUAAUUCAAGGACCUCCUGGUACUGGUAAAACAUAUAUUGGUCUUAGAAUAGCCAGAAGUAUUAUAGAAAAUAUGUAUGAAACGUGUUAUACAAAUCAUGCCUUAGAUCAAUUUCUUGAAGGUUUAAUUAAUAUCACUAAAAAUAUUAUAAGAAUUGGUGGUGGAUGUAAAUCUAUUGUUUUAAAAUCUCAUGUAUUAGCAAAUAUUAAUAAUCCUACAGCAAAAUUAAGUUUGAGAAAUUCAUAUGUAGUCGGUCUUACUACUACUGGAGCUGCUAUGAGACAUUCUGUGUUAUUGGAUCUAAAACCCCCUAUAGUUAUUGUGGAAGAAGCUGCUGAAGUCUUAGAAUCCCAUAUAGUUGUAUCCUUAACUGAAUCUUGUCAACACUUAAUUUUAAUUGGCGAUCAUCAACAAUUGCGUCCAAGAAAUGCAUCUUUUACACUUGCAAAACGGUUUAAUUUUGAUGUUUCAUUAUUUGAACGAAUGGUAAAAAAUGGAUUUCCCUGUUACACCUUAGCCACACAACAUCGAAUGCGACCUGAAAUUUCUGCUUUAAUGAAACCUAUUUAUCCUUUUUUAAUGGAUCAUAAAUCAGUUAACCAUAGAAGUAAUAUUAGUGGUGUUAAUAAGAAUAUAUAUUUUAUCCAUCACAAAGUACCUGAAGAGAAAGAAAUCGGGUCUAACAGUCACAAAAAUAUUCAUGAAGUAAAAUUUUUUAUAGAAUUUGCCAGAUAUCUGAUAAGUCAAGGCUAUCGACAAAAUCAAAUUACUAUACUAGUUACUUAUCGAGAUCAGCUAUUAGAAUUUCAAAAGAUUCAAGAAACAAGUUUUUUCUUAGAAGAUUUUAGAAUUGAAUGUGUAGAUGGCUAUCAGGGCGAAGAAAAUGAUAUUGUUCUGUUGUCUCUAGUGCGCAGCAACAUUGAUAAUAAUAUUGGGUUUUUACACAUUCAAAAUCGUAUUUGUGUUGCCUUAUCUAGAGCUAGAGAUGGAUUAUACAUCAUGGGAAAUAUGGAUAAUCUUAUACAUUCAUCGAUUUGGAAAAAAAUCAGUCAAACACUAGUUGAUCAACAAGCUCUUGGUAAUAAAUUGACUUUAUAUUGUCAAAUUCAUAAAGAUUGGAUUAAUACAGUUUGCAAUAGUAAGGAUUUCUUCAAAGCGCGUUGUUUAAAAGUAUGCAACAUUAAAAUGGAUUGCGGUCAUCACUGUCCAUAUUUUUGCCAUUAUAAUGAUCAAUCUCAUAAAACCUUAUAUUGUUGUAAAAAGAUUUAUACAAAGAUAUUACACUGUGGUUUCCAAAUCAAAAUAGAAUGCUGGAUGAGAUUUUUGACUUUUGAAUGUCCUCAGAGUCCUCCUAUGUCGAUAAGGUACCUAUCUACAUUAAGAAAAUCUAAAAAGCCUAUAUUAUAAUUUACCAAUCUUGUUUAAAUAGUAGUAUACAAUUCAUCAUAGACGUAUCAUCGACAUAUUAAAUAUAUUAAAUUGAAACUGUUGUUAAUUUAUGAAAUAAAAAGUAUCUAAUAGCAAUUAUAUUCAAUUAUACUUAGAUAAUUUGAUUGUAAAACAUACUAUAUAUAUUGUUAAUUAUACUAUUUGAAAUCUUAUAGAUAUGUAAGUAUAAAUUAUUUUAGUUUGUAAUUAUGAUAUGUUAAAAAUGUAUAUGAGUGCAUUUUUUAAUAUCAAGAAGUUAUAAAUUAUUUAUAUUCAAAGUUUUUUAAGUUAUUUAAAUUUGAAUUGUUAAUCUAAAAGCUUGCUCCCUAAAAAUUAAUAUUAUAUUUGUAUAAUCUAUCCCAUGAAAGAACAUGCUCAAAUUAAUGUUGAAUGCAUGUUGAAUGAAGUUCAUCAACUGACCAGACCAUCGUAUUUCCAUGUGCCCAAAACUUGGUGGUAGAUAUUAAAAGCCAACCAGUUUUUGUUAUCAUGCAGCACGUUCUUUCGUGGAACAGAGUAUAGUUAUAAAAAAUUUAGUAUAGUAUUUGAAUAAAA